GUAUCGAUAUUUUGAAAAAUUCCGUUGGAUAAGUAAAGUAGUACAUUUAAAAAUGUUUGUAUACAGAACUCCGAAAUUCUAAUUUGGAAAAAUUUUUUAGUGAUCCCGAUACAGUUGUUAUUAUAAAAUUAUACUUUUGAAUUACAUUAAAAUGUCUUCGUUUGUACCUCAAAAUUUAAAUCAAAGAAUUUUUAAAAAAGGACCUGAUUUAUCGAAAUUUCACGAGAUCCUUAGAAAGAAAUGCCAAAAGCAAAUGCGAGAAAGACGGGAGCAAUUCUUCAAUAAAGGGAGGUCUGGGUUGCUUUCUUCUGCUGAGAUUCAAGAAACAUUAACUGAAAUAGUUCGACAAGAAUUCAACACUUUGACUACAGCAGAGAAGUCUGAAAUUAUUGCAAGUUCCAAUAGAAUGACAAGUUAUCCAAUGGAUCAAGAUGAGGCUUUGAAAGAAGAAAAUGAAAUCAUUAUCGAGCAAGAACAAUGGAUUAUUCAAGAAUAUGAAAGACUGAUUAAUAGUGAAGAUGAAAUGUUUGAUAUGCUUCAAAAUGAUACUACUGUUUGUCCUAUGUGCCAAAAAUCAUUUUUGGAAGAAAUACCUGAUUUUAUAGUCUGCAAUUUCUGUGGUUUGAAAGUUAGAAGUGACAUAAGUCUUGAAAAGUUUAAAUCUGAUUUAGAACUGUAUGUAAAUAAGCACUCAGAAAUAUGUUUUCAUGUUCCUAAGUUUUCUCUUUUAUUUGAAAACAAUAAGCCAUGUCUUUAUAUGACAUGUACAGCUUGCACAAGUUGUUUUUUAAUUCAAACAGUAACUUCUUAAUUGAAUGAAAAUGUAAUUGCAAUAGAGAAGUACAAAAUCAACUCUUGGGAAGACUGUUAAUAUUUAUUUAUAAUUAUUUUUUAAUGAACGUCUAGUAAUUGAUUUUUUAUAUACUUAGAAAGAUUAUGAUUAUUGUGUAAAAAAUUUAGUUAUUUUUCAUAAAAAAUUAAAGCAAAUAAUAUUUGUAAAUAUGAUUAGAAAAUACGUUUACGUUAAGUAAAACUCCAAAGGAGAAAGAUUGUUCCAAUUAGAUGAGGAAUUAUCAAAGCUGUGAUGAACUAUUUUAAGUAAAAUUUAUUUUGUAUCAAGAUACUCUGCAGGCAGAUAGAUAAAUAAUUAUGAAAGUAGCGCAUGAUAAGUUUUUUGAGUUCAUAUUAAUCUUAUAUUUGAAAAAAAACAAAAAAUUGAUUCAAUAGACAUAUGUUUAAUGUCGUCUCAAUAAUUGUUAAUGUACUUACACAUCGUUUGAUAUUCUGUUUUUGAUAUUGUUUUUUCAUUUGCUUUUUCAAUUUGAAAUGAUACAACCAUAAAACUAUAAUUGUAAAAUAAGUUGUUUUUGUAAUAAAAUGAUAUUCCAAUUUAAUGUUAA